AAAAAAAAGGCAACUUGUUCGACCCCUUCGCAUAAACCCUAACCUGACUAUGUUGUGGUGCCGCCUGGCCCUCUCUGGGUCCCUUCUCCCGUCCGCACGACUCGCCGGUGCUCACCGCUCUUACAGCGUCAUCCACAGGGCUAACAAGCGUAUUGUCUUUAUCAACGGUCCUAUCUCCGACGACACGUCCUCUGACGUCAUUGACCGCCUUCAUUUCCUUGAUUCCGAAGACCCCUCCAAGCCCAUCCACCUCUACAUUCACUCCGAUGGGGGUUCCGUCAAUGCCGGCCUCGCGAUCUAUGACGCCAUGCAGGACAUCCGCUCCCGGAUCUCCACCCUCUGCAUUGGUCAGGCCUGCUCCAUUGGCUCGCUACUCCUUGCGGCUGGCGCUCCUGGCGAGCGCCGUGCCUUCCCCCAUUCCGAGAUCAUGAUCCACCAGCCAUCUUGUGAGAUCUCCGGCCAGGUCGGUGUCGUGGCCAUCCGUGUCAAGGAGAUUCUCAAAGUCUAUGACCGCCUCAUCAUGAUCUACAGCCGCCACACGGGACAGCCUAUCCAGCGAAUCGAGCAGUGCAUGGAGCGUGACAUGGACAUGUCCCCUGAUGAGGCCAAGGAACUUGGGCUGGUCGACGAGGUAAUUGUCCUGCCUUUGGCACUCCGGUGCUGAUCAAGAUUAUGAUGGAAGGGUGGCCAAGGAACCAAAAUGAAGGGGAUGGAUUGUUCUGAACGACUGCUGAUCGUGGUGUGCCAUACUUGCUGGAAAGAUUGUAUAUUUAUCUCCUCUAAUGUCUUACUUUCACAUAUUUGUCGUUUGGUUCCACGGGAUGGUUUGUUCGGAACGACUACGGAUUGUGGUGCUUCAUACUUGUUGGAAAGAUUGUAUAUUUAUCUUCCGUAGUGUCUUAGCUUUCACAUAUUCAUCGUUUGGUUCCACUCGAUUGUUUCUUUCUAAUCAAUACUUUUGUAGGCUUUUGAAUUGGUGUGUGCAAUUAUGUUAU